GGCGUGGCGUUCGAGACCCAUCCGCACUCGUCCGAGAAAUUUUCACGACACCCCUGCAAUUACCGUCUUUGGAUAGGUAAGCGAGCAUGGCUUUGGGCAGGGAUUGCCACUUCCCAUUCCGAUAAGAUUUCGCGGUCCCAGUCGCCAAAAUUUAUCCAUACAAAAAGACUCACAGCCGAAACCCCUCUGCGGGCUGUUGGAAUCUCCCACUUUUGCAUGUGCCGCAAACGACCUCUCAUUCGCUUUCUUACCUAAGAAGCACCAUAAAACCCCAUCGCCACCCACCCGACAACGCGAAGGCCGAUUGUCGAACUGCGAACUGCUUUACUUCAAUCGCUUGACCUCCACACCGCAAACUCCUGGAUUGCCGAUCUCUCCGCGUCCGCUCCUUCGGCACGCGACCGCAACCGGAGUCUCCGGACGAACGGCCUGCACACCCAAACUCGUCGACACCAGGCGGACAGACACAGAAAGAAAAUGAAAGUCUUCUCGAACUCGGAGACAUUCAACUACUCCUGGGAGGAAGUAUCGACCGCCAACUGGCGGAAGUACUGCCCAUGGAACCAAAAAUCAACGCACGUAAUCGCCGUCGACACAGUUAGCCGGGCGGUCGACCCGGACACGGGCAUCCUGCGGACGGAGCGCCUCAUCACCUGCCGACAGACGGCGCCCGACUGGCUUAAGAGCCUCCUCGGCGGCUGCAUAGACGAGUCGCAGGUGUUUGAGACAUCAUACGUCGACCCGCGCAGCAAGACAGUGACCAUGGUCUCGGCCAACCUCACGAUGAGCAACCUGAUCAACGUGCAGGAGACGGUCGUUUACCGCCCGCUCAACGACCACCAGACGUCCUUCGAGCAGUCGGCGCAGAUCACGGCGCUCUGCGGCGGCUGGCAGCGCAUUAAGAACCGCAUCGAGGACACCCUCGUCAAGCGCUUCCACGAGAACGCCGUCAAGGGCAAGGAGGGCUUCGAGGCCGUCCUCGCCAUGAGCCGCCGCGUCUUUGCCGAGGAGCGCGAGCGCGAACGCAUGAUGAUGAUCCAGUCGCAAGCCAGCAACAUCCGGCUAGCGGCCGUCGCCGUGUAAUAUCAUGGCAGCGACCCCCCUCCCUCCCCCCACCCCAUCACGCCUCGCCGUUUCCGGAACGGUGCCGGCGCCAAAAAUAGCUCCAGUGGUAUUGAAUACCGGUAAUUGGGAGGAAGAAAGAAAGGAGCCAAAGGCUGCAACGAAACGUGCACACCCGAAGCAACAAA